CUUCUUCAUUCAUUUACCAUCCUUGGCGGGACUGAAAUGUCUUUUCCUUCGGCCACCCGUUCUAUUGCUUCCUCCGAUACCAACCUUCCUGCUGCCAAGUACCAACACUCAUACCGUGACCUCAACCUUGGCGCGUCUUGAAGUAAAUGGUAUUUUUUGGCCGCAGACUUCUUUGGACUCGUGACGAACACUGUCUAAUUCUCAAUUCAAGCUCACCCAGCGCGCAGGAACAUCGAAUUGGAUGCCUAGCAUUCGAAGAGAUAUAAAAGGGCUCAAAAAAUUGUCAACUUACUCCAGACAAACUCCCAGUACUUGUCUAUCCACUUGCCAACCAUCAAUUGACAGCUUAUUCGCCACUAUGCGUUUCUCACUCGCCACUUUCAUCCCCCUCGCGGUUCUCGCGGUUCCCGCCCUCUCCGGCGCCAUCAAUGCAGGUGCCGGCAUUCAGGCGAGGGACGACUACUACUACGGUAACAAGGACUAUGAUCAUAAGGACUACGGCAAGAUCGAGGACUACGACCACAAGGACAAGGAGUGCACUUGGGAGCCAGUCUUCGAGCACAAGAACGACUGGAAUGGCUGGAAGAAGGGCAAGUACACCCCUUACAAUACCGGCUACGUCAAGAAGGAAUCCUUUGAGAUCGAUUGCAAGGAACGUUGCAAGGAGCACGACAAGUGCAAGUCUUGCCAGGUCUACUCCCUUGAGGAAGCCGCGGAGGAGUUCAUCUGCGAGCUCUUCGAAGAGAUCGUCGAUAUCUUGACCUGGGAGGAUGACUGUGAUGAUGAUUACAAACAUGAUGGCAAGAAGUACUACGACAGCUCCUGCUGGAACGCCUACUACUACUAAGCGUCGUUUAUACCUGCAUAUGCGAUGAUAUAUCAUGGUUAUACGAACACUCAGGACUUUGUAUAUACUAUAUUGUAUGUUCUGUGC